UGUUGGCUGUUUUUGACAAGAUGGUGGCGAAGAGCCCUCAAGAAUUGCAGGGCCCACAAAAUGAAUCCGUUUAUGCAAUCAAAGAUGGGUUUUUGGGAACCCAUUUUUCAUUACUAUACUCUUCUUCUUCAUCUGUUGUACUUAAUCUUGCUUCUUCAGGCCUCAUGGCUUAUUCUUCUGAUAGGCAAAAUCCGCUCCUUCCGAGUUGUAGACGACAUAUUCUGUUUGUUCGAAGGCCACAUUGAGAAUGUUGCACAUCUUAAACAGCAAUACGUGUUGAACAGGACUGCAAAUGAAGUGAUCACUGUUAUCGAGACUUACAGGAUCUCGUUGAACUUAAAUAUAUCUGGUACAGGAUGCGGAUGGGAGUGUACCUUUCUUCUGGGGAACUGAUUCUGAGGGUCACCUCGUUCUCUCCAAUAACUUUGAAGUUAUGAAGCAAGGCUGCGGCAAAUCUCUUGCUUCAUUUCCCAAAGGUACUGCUUUCUUAAAUCCAUCAAAUGAAGAAUACAUCUAAAAUGGCAUGAAUAUCUUAAUUGUAUUUCUCUUUAUUCGAUUGAAUAUUCCAAAAUUUACCGCCUUUCCUUCAGGAUGCUUUUUCACCUCUUCUGAAGGUCUUUCUAGUUAGAGCAUCCCGUCAGUGAGUUGGAAAUCAGUGCCAAGAGUGGAUAGUUAGGGUGAGGUAUGUGGUGCAACCUUUUAAGGUAGACACAGAGUUGAAGUGAUGCAAAAAAUAUUUCCCUUGUGGCCAGGAACGGAUCUAGCCACUCGAGUGAGCUGGGGUGGAGCGUCGAACGGUCAUUCAGUGAUCGUCCAAUAUAGCUAGAUUGUUUAUUAAUAUUUAAUUAAUUUAUAUUAAAAGAAUCUUCAAUCAUUAUA